AGUAGGAGGGCGUAAGUUGAGUUCGGGACUGCAGCGCUCGUCCGCUCCGCUGGUAUUCCAGGAAUGUGUUGAUCAUGGCGGCCGCUGUGAAGCCCGUGAAGAGCGGAUUGCUGGAGCUCCGCGUUACCGUUCACCACUGGAUCCGCGUGCUCGCCACUCUCAGCGAGGACUCGUUCACCGUGAGUCCCGGAGAAACCGCCGAUGAGUCCGCGAACAGCUGCUCGCCCGCGCCCGGAGGGGCUGUUAACGGGGAUCCGGCGAACCUCAGCGCCUCCCCGGUACCGGACACCAUCACGAACGUCAAACGAACCGUCCGAGUCACCAAACAAGAAGUUGGAGGACUCGGAAUAAGUAUUAAGGGCGGUAAAGAGAAUAAGAUGCCCAUCCUGAUCUCAAAGAUCUUCAAAGGGCUGGCAGCGGACCAGACGGAGGCUCUUUACGUGGGCGAUGCGAUUUUGUCCGUGAACGGUUACGACCUCAGAGAGGCCACUCACGAUGAGGCUGUACAGGCCCUGAAGAAAACAGGCAAAGAGGUCAUUCUGGAAGUGAAGUACAUUAAGGAGAUGUCAGCGUUUUUUAAGGGCGGAUCUACGACGGGACCCCCAGUGCUUGAUUCUCCUCCAGCCACCCCGCAGAAGCAGACGGACCCGGCGCUUAAAGAGACCAGGACCCUCCCGCUCCGAAUGUGUCAUGUGACGCGCAAACAGUGUCCGCCUGACACAGAGGACAGGUAUUUUGAGGUGGUAUCAUCAGACAGAAAGAAGUCUGUGUUUUUGCGGGCUAAAGAUCACGCCAUGGCUCAGGCCUGGUACAACGCCAUCCAGACAGGAAGUGCAGCAUUACUGACCAGCGCCAAAGCCGAGCUGAAAGCCCUGCAGCCGAGCCUGGACGUCAGUCACAUCGGCUGGAUCAUUGAGCAGGGUUCAGAGCGGCCGAUACUGGCGGUGUUGACGGACAGAGAUCUACUGCUGUACGGAUCUCUGCCCGACAGCAAAGAGACUUUCAACAGCCCAGACAAGAGCUAUCCUUUAAUUACCACCAGGCUGGUUCACUCUGGACCGGGUAAGAGUUCGUCACUACACGACUCUGAGCUGACCUUUGGCCUGCGUUUGGGCACUAAGCAGGGAGUGGAGACGCAUCUGUUCAGAGUGGACACGGCUAAAGACCUGUCCACCUGGACGCACCUGCUGGUGGAGGGCUGUCACAGCGCCGCAGAGCUCGUACAGGAGGUCACGACGGCGUGCAGCUGGAACGGGAAGUCGUGUAUGUUGAGCGUUCACAUAGACAAAGGCUUCUUGUUGUUUACGGAGGAGGCCGGCGUCAGGAAGAACGUCCUUCUCCAGCAGCCGUUCGAGCGUCUGCGCAUGUCCUCAGACGACGGCGUCCGCAUGAUGUUCCUCGACUUCGGAGGCCCAGAAGCAGAGAUCCAACUGGACCUUCACUCCUGCCCUAAAACCAUCGUCUUCAUCAUUCACUCUUUCCUGUCGGCCAAGGUCAAGCGACUAGGGCUGCUGGCGUAACGGCGGACCACUGGACAUCAAACCAAAUCUUCCAUCACAGACUGUCACGGGUCAGUGUUCAGACACGGACGGCCAAAACCUAAAGCCAUUCAGUGACGAUUUCUCUGUUUUCCUCAUAGCUCUGACCUUUUUAUUCUUUCUCAUUUUAUUGGUUUGUAUCUCAGCUAAACUUUAUGAAUGUUUAAAAACAUAAUCGCAUUAAUCAUAUGUUUUCAGAGCGGCAACAGACACAAAACAAGAUGUUAAAAUCUGUUCUAGAACCUAGUGAGUCUACAUAGACAGCAUCCAGUCUGAACUGAUUUGACACGCACUAGAUAGGCAGCACCUCUGGAUGCGACACAAAUAAUGUUAUGUUUUGACAUUUACAUUGCUAUGAUGAAGCAAUAGCAUAAAAUUAUGCAAUAAGCAUAAAAACAAACAUAAAAUAGUCCAUUGUAAUUCUAAUAAAAUAAAAUUGAAUGAUUAUAAUUAAAUCAAUAAACUUAAUACUAUUAAGUGUUUAAUUAUUUAUUAUAAUUUCUCUCACCUCAGCACCAUCUUAUAUAGAUUUAUCCCCCAAGCGAUUUGCUGCUAGCCUUCCUAUGAUCCCUUAAAAUGCUGUCUAAGUAGGCAGCUCACUAGGUUUUUGAACAGAGCUAGUAUUUCACGGUUUUGUUGAUAUUCCAGUUGUGCGAGACUGUGAAAAACGCAGCUGCUCUGAUCAUAGAAAGGGCUUUAACGUUUGGCAGCUGAGAGCGGUUUGAGAAAUUAAAUCUCAAAUCUUUCUACGGUGAGAAAAAACUAAUUUGACUUUCUUCUUACUUUAAAUAUAACCUUUUAAAGAUACGUCGUCUUCCAGAAUAUCUGCUAUGAAUCUAUGCAACCUGUCAAACCCUUACAAAAAAGUUAUGGUGGUAGUACCAUGGUACAGUGAUGGAUUCAGAUGGUAAUUUAGGGAUGGCACGAUAUAUCGGCCACCAUAUCGGUAUCGGACAAUAUAUGUUAAUUUCAGAUGCGCACUGUCCACCAUGAUGGUUUUGAUUUGCUUGGAAUAUGAUUUAAAAAACACUUCAAAAAGGAAAAUACAGCAGUGCAGAGCAAGUCUGUCAUAUAGGCUACGUAAAAAAAAAUACAUAAAAUACAUAAAACUAUAUAAAAAUUUUGAUUUAGAUUUAUCGGUUAAUAUAUUGGUUAUCGGCUUUCAAAUAUAAAGAAUUAUCGUAUCAGACACAAUUUUCAUAUCGGUGCAUCCCUAAAUACCGUGGUACUUCAUGACUACCAUAUUCAUAUACCAUAGUAUUUAUAUGGUAAAUGGAUUUUGUAAGGGAAAUAUGGUUAUGCCUCACUCUUUCUUUAUUUUACAAGCCAAAACUACAAAACUGGGAACUGUAAUUCAGAAAUUGGACAAACCUUCACUAGAAGUGGUUAGAUCUGAGAAAUGCUUGUAAUUCAGUUUGUGGAUUGAAUUCAUGUUAAAUAACUAAGUCACACUGACCUCUAGUGGGCAUAACGAGCAUUAGUACUGUCCACAUGAUCUGACCUCUCCGGCUGUGUUCAGAAUAGCAUACUACCCAUACUACUUCUGCAGUAUACUGUGCACAGUAUGAGUUUUCUGCAUGCAUACUACAUUUACAUGUAUGUACUACAACAUACUACAGUUGCCAAAAUGAGCACAGAAAACUCUACACCACAAUGCAGUGCACUUGACCUUCCAUUUCCAUUGUGAUAAAUGCAUCAGAGUUUGAUUUUUCUUGAAUCAUCAUUUGAUCCGACACCAAAAAGUGACAUUUUUACACAUACUUGCAUUAAUUUUACUGAAAGAACGUUUAUUCUUGACUUUGAGAGAAGUCCUUGCCAGAAUGCCUUCUGGGAUAAGCAGACGCUGCUGAAAUAAAAAUGUUUAUUGUUGCACAAUGCAUACUGUUUUGAAAACCGCAGGCAGUACGCAGUAUAUACUGCACAGUAUGCUAGUACUCCAUUCUGAAUACAGCCUCUUUCAUGCAAUAUCUUCUUUUGUCGUUUUUCUUUCUUUUGAACCUUCUUCUAACUGAUUUGUGUGAAUAAUGAUGGAUGUGCAGUGAUGUUCGGCUGUAUUCCUCAAGGAUGUCUUCCUGUUUUCACAUGCUCUUUUUGUCUCAUUACAUUGUGACGGAGAUAUGCAAAUUUUUUCUUCUCAGAGAGGUACUUUUAAAAAACGAAACGGCCCCAUCUUGCUGAGGUGAAAAAUAUCCUUCAUGUGGCCUUUUUUACAUUGUACUAAAUUUUAAUAUAUAAUUCAAACUAAGCUAUAUUCAACCUAUGUUAGUUAUCAAAAGGAAAAUCAUUAUAUCCUUAUUUAAACAGUGCCUUUUAGGGUUGUUUGUAUAUAAAAUUGCAAUAAAUAUAACUGUUGACUUCA